UUGUGGCUAUUUCCGUUUCCGGCAUCAAUGGCGGCUGCCGUGCUGCUGCUCGUCUCCGGUUGAAGGAAGCAGCUGAGAACUCAAACAUGUCGGAGACCUCGUCCGAGUUUUAUUCAGAAACUCGCUCCAUCAUGGAGACGGUCUUAAAGGCGGCAGCGGAAGUGCUCGGAAACUUAAAGGAAGACGUUUCCGGAAGUGUCCGGGACAAGAGGCGCGAGUCAGACAGCAUCCUGGAAAUGUUGGCACGAGAGGCGACGAGAAAGAUCAGCGCCAUUUUCUCCCAAAUGACCUCAGUGCUUCACAAUGAAAACAAGUCUCUGCAAGCCAACAUGGGACGGCUGGAGAACGAGCUGACAACCAUGACAGAAAACUUUGCGAACGCCAGACUGUGGAGAGAAAACGUCCUGAACGGCUGCCCGGUACUGUUUGAGCAGAGUGGGCAGAUUUUCACCUUGAAGCCGUUUGGGAAGUUAAAAAGAAAAGGUGAUGAUGUGAUUGAGGAAGUCACAGAAUCAUCGCCGGCUGCUGAGACACUGAGUGAAAACGAUGCUGAUGCUGCAGAGGAUUGUUCCACAGUGAACAAAAAUACUGAUGUCCACCACACACAGGAAGCAGGCGUCAAGAAGAAAGGGAGGAUGUUGGUGUGUGACGUCUGUAACAAGAGCUUCAGCCGGCAGUUUCAUCUGAUGAAGCACAUGAACACUCACAAAGAGCAGAGGCCUUUCGCCUGCAACCAGUGUCCCAGAAAAUUCAGGAACACAGCAACAUUUGAGUACCACCUGCUGCGCCAUGAGGAGAAGAAGUACGCUGCCUUCCAGUGCCAGAUCUGUGAGAGGACGUUCAAAACAAAAAUGCACUUGAAGACUCACCAGCUUGUACACACAGACAAGAGGCCGUUCAUCUGCUCCACCUGUGGGAAGGGCUUUAAAACCAAACACAACCUGCAGGCACAUCAGCUCGUUCACACCACAGAGAAGCCGCACAAAUGUUCAGAUUGUGGGGAGAGUUUCAGAUACGCCUUCACCCUUCAGUGUCACAAAAGUAUUCAUACUGGAGAAAAUCCUUACAAAUGCACAGAGUGUGGGAAGGCUUUUAUAAAGAGGAGGUCACUGAGGACGCACCAGUCAGUCCACCGAGGGAAAAGGUUUACGUGUGAGACAUGUGGAGCGGGUUUCACCCUCCAGCACAAUCUGAAGAGACACAUCCGAAUUCACACUGGAGAAAAACCGUUCACAUGUAAAGUCUGCAGCAAAAGUUUCAUUCAGGAAAACAAGCUGAAAGCGCACAUGCUUCUUCAUGGUGCCUCAAAGUCGUUCAUGUGUGACCUGUGUGGAAAAACAUUUCUGUACAACUGUCAGCUGCAGAAACACCAGAAAGUGACUCAUGAUGAAAGACACGGGCUGGUUGUUCGGAGACGGACGCAGGAACGAGGAAAUCGCACAGUUAUCUAUCGACGGGACAGGACCACAGUGGAUGUGACGCCGCUCAGCUGCAAGACCUGCCGCAAGAGCUUUGACACUACGACCUCACUGAAGAAACAUGAGGUGAUCCACACAGAUCGGACACAGUACAACUGCCACAUAUGCGGGAAGUCCUUUUUCUACAAAGCCACGUAUGACUACCAUCAGCGGAUUCACUCAGGAGACCGGCCGUUCGGUUGUGACAUAUGUGGGAAGAGGUUCAUCAUCAAUCAGGCUCUCAAGUCACACAAACUUCAACACUCGGGAGAGAAGCCACAUAAGUGUGAACAGUGCGGCAAGGCCUUCAGGAUCUACACCAACUUCCUCCGACACUUACGGAUCCACACGGGGGAGAAGCCGUACGCGUGUGAAGUUUGUGGAGUGAGGUUCAGGCAGCUCGGACACGUCAAGUUUCACAUGCAGGUCCACACGGGAGAAAGACCGUAUUUUUGCAGCAGCUGUGGACUCGGAUUUUCAGAUUCAAGGCUGCUGAAGAGACAUAAAUGUACUGAGAAGUAUCAGAAAAUGUUAGAGAAAACACACACAACGGUCAUGGCGGACUUGGAGCCGCGGGUGGACUCCAUUCUGCAGAUAAUGGUCGAUGAGACUGUGACAGAAAUGAGCAAAGUGACGGAUGAAAACAUUGACGGCUGCUCGGGGGAAAAGUUCGGUGUCUUCAUGACGUCUCUGGCUCGAGAGGCUGUAGAGAAGAUCUGUCAACUUUUCCACGAAUGUUCCUCCCUGCUGCGUUUAGAGGUGUCACAGGGCGUGGCAGAGAUUGAGGACCUGAGGCGUAAACUGGACGUGGCAGAGAAGGAGCUGAAGCUGGUGUUGGAGGGCAGCAAAGGCCAAAAGGAAGUGGAGGAGCUAACUGACGGGGGCGACAGAGAGAAGGAGGGCAAGACGGCUCCGACCAACGGAGCAGAAGGAGAAACUGUCCAGAUAAGCCACCGCUCAGGGAGAAAGAGUCGCAGAGCCGUGACGACUUGUGAGACUGGAGUGAAAAGGUCUCCUAUACUUCACCUGUGGAAAGGCAGAACGUACGAGGACAGUGUCCAGCCGGUUAUAAUAAAAGAGGAAGGAUUUGAUGCGUUCACUGGCCAGACGUCUCCAGAUUCUGCUAAGUGUGUUGAGGAAGCAGGCCAGAACGAUGACGACGAUCCAGAUUACCAGUUGGACCCAGAAGAUCUAGAUGAAGGCGACCCAGGAUACACCACAAGACCUAAACGUGUCAUCAAGCCCAAGUUCCUGCGAGGUCGAGCAAAUAAGGAGAUUGCGAACCAGCAGCCUCUGAGCUGUAGACACUGCAGGAAAACCUUCACCAAGCUGCUGCAGCUCAAAGCUCACCAGGCGGUCCACGGGGCGAACACAGAGAAACCCUUCCACUGUUCUCAGUGUGGCAGAGGGUUUUCAUUCCAGCGCAGCCUCAACGCACACAUGCUGCUCCAUACAGGUGAGAGACCACACACCUGUGAUGUUUGUGGGAAGGGUUUCACCCUGAAGCAGCUCCUGAGGAACCACCAGCGACUCCACGCUGAGGUCCGACCGUUUCGCUGUGAACAGUGUGGGAAGAGCUUCUACCGAGCCCACGGCCUGAAAAUGCACAAGAUGGUACACACAGGAGAGCGGGCCUACAUAUGCCAGUACUGCAACAAAAGCUUCACAAUACAAGGUAACCUGCAGCGACACCUGCGCAUACACACGGGGGAAAAGCCGUUCAGGUGCGACACUUGUGGCAAAAGCUUCAACCAGGCCGACACUCUGAAAGGCCAUCAGCGGAUACACACCGGUGAGCGUCCCUUUAGCUGCGAGACCUGCGGCAAGUGCUUCAUCCAGAAGAGUGCCUUGAAGAUGCACCAGAAGACCUCCCACUCAGGGGAGAACUCACUGGCCUGCGUGGCCUGCGGCAUGACAGUGGCCUGUGUCGACUCGCUACGGAAACACCUCCAGACGCACGCGACAACUAUUCCAUGCACAUGCGUGCUCUGCAGCCGGCGGCUCAGCUCCAUCACAGACCUGCGCUCCCACCAGCAGCACCACACAGUGGACAGGCCUCACAGCUGCGGGCUCUGUGGGAAGAGUUUCAAGUCGUCCAGUUACCUGAAGAUUCACAUGAAAACGCACAGCGGGGAGAGGCCAUUCUCCUGCGACAUCUGUGGUCGUAUGUUUACACAGCACAGCAGCCUUAAAUCACAUCAGGUGGUCCACACAGGAGAGAAACCGUUCAGCUGCGACACAUGUGGGAAAUGUUUCAGCAACACAGGCAACCUGAACCGUCACCAGCGUAUCCACACGGGGGAGAAGCCUUUCAGCUGUGACACGUGUGGACGCAGCUUCAACCAGGGCAACAGCCUGAAGGCCCACCUGCAGAUACACACCGGGGAGAAACAGUUCAUGUGCGACAAGUGUGGGAAGAGUUUCUCCUACCUGAGGAACCUCAAGGACCACAAGUGUUUCUACGUCUGAUGCGAAGAGACGCCUGCCCCGGUUGUAGAGCUGAUGGCGUAAAGUUCCUUUUGACUGAUAAACAAGUGGAUGGAUUGAGUGGGGGGUGGGACUGAAUGAUUUUCAGAUGUGAUUUGGUUUUGUUCUCAAGGAAAGUUUUGUGGACAUUGUAGUUCAGACACAGACUGUAUAUUGCGAUCGACGAUAAGACUUCUCCCAAAAGUGAAGCCGAAUCACCUUGAUCACCUCCUGGUGGCAGGUUGGAGUAUAGGUCAUAAACACUGCCCUCUCGGCCGACUCCAAACUAUGUCAGAAACACAAGAAGGGGGACAAUCCUAAUUUAAAGUGGACAAUGUGUGAAGUCCACACCACUUUUUGAGUUGACUGGAGACUCAAAAACCAACACAUGGAAACAAACACACAAUAAUCCUAAAGUCAUCAAACUGAAAACUGAUAAAUUACAAGAAUUUGUUUUAAAGGAAAGUGUCCCUAACCCCUAACCCUGAAUAGAAAAGACUAACUGUCCUUUUAUAUUAAAUGGACGAACUAACCACUUGUUUCUGUACAGAGUAGACGAGUUAAAGGCAUAGUUCACCCAAAAAUGAUAAUUCCCUCAUUAUCUACUCACCUCUAUGCCCAUGGUGGGGUGGGUGAACACUUCUGUAGUUUCAGAGGUAAACGGUGAAGCAGCUGAAUCCAAUACAACUGAAGAUAUUAGUGACCUAUCUUCAGUAAUAAAACAACACAAAACAAACAUAACAUAUCUCCAUACUGCUCCUGUGGUGUCAUCCAAGUGUCUGCAAGCCCUGACAUUCAUAUUCAACUCGAGACAAGGUCAUUUCCACCAUGUUUUACAGCAUAAUUCUAAUAAAUCAAGACCCACAUGUGUCUAUGUCUGAUUUACCAAUGGGCUUCUUAUAAUGCAACAGCCUCUGGAUGAAGUCUAAUAAUGAAAAUAAUAAUAACUCACAGAUCCAUACGCUCAACUGUUUGGACCUUCUGUCAUUCUCAAACAUGGGGAGCAACAGAAACAGUCAAUGACUGGAAUACAGUUAAUUAAUUUAAAUUAAAUAAAUUUUGGAACCAUGUUCAUUUGUGCCUUGAGGAAAGAGGAAUCCAGUCAACCAUCAUGUCUGUUUAAUAUUCUGGUUGCUCGGGCUUUAAGAACAAGCUGAUGGAGUUUAUCACUACGGUUUGUGUUUUAUUACAUGAGAUAAAUAUUGUCAUUUAAAGGUCGAUCCUCCCAAACAACAAGAAAAGAACUACAGCACCAUCUGCCAUUUUUAUUUACACAGGUCUCCUGCAAAAGCUGCCUAAAUAAAUUCUGAACAUGGGGGAACUGCCCUCCCAUUCUUUGCUCCUUAUAUAUGUAAUGAAUUACAGAGGAUUUAUUAAAUUAGAAUGUCU